AUGUCGUUCACUGAUACUACUGAAAUCAUUGCGGCCUUACAAGCAGUGCCAAGAUCCCGUGCUUUGUGGCGCAUCUAUGGUCAGGAUAAUAAAGAACCCAUACUUUUGUAUCCCCCCGAGCGAAUUCCAGAGAUCCUGGCGGCCCAUCAUUUCACUCCAUUGGAACUUGCUCUAUUUUCCAAGGCCAGUUUGGAGACUGUCCAGAAUAUUUACCAUGAUGACCCCUCUGCUCUGACGGCUGGGUUGUUGCUGAACCUUUGUACUCAUGGUGCCAAACCUGGCGUCAUCAAGUAUUUGGUUACCCAACAGCCCAACCUUGUCAAACAAGUGGGUCCUGAAUUUGGAAUUAUGAAGCGCCACCCUUUUGUACGUAGUUGUAUGAUGAAACGCAUGAGUCUGCUGACGGUGGCAUUGCAGCAAGGUCCAGGAGAAAAUUGUCCUUUCUCGGAAGAUUCCGAUAUUCUGGCUCUAGGACAAGCCAAUCCCACCGCAUUGACGCGGCCCCCAUCUUAUCCAGAAAUCAGAAUUUCCAUCCCAGUCCGCUGCCUGUUGCAAUGGAAGUAUUCCCUAAAACUCAUGACGGAAGUCUUUCGGUUGUGCGCUCAAAAAUAUGCGGCACAACCAUUCUCCAGAGACAAACACACAUUACUAUUCGAUGAGGACAUAUUUUGCCCUAUGAUUCGUAUCCCUCCAGGGCAACGGUUCUUUGUCAGAAGAUCAUCGGAUCCAUCUCCCUUGCUCCGUACAGCAUUGGAUAUAGAUUGCAUCACUGCCAUGUGGUCAGCAGGGCUGCUCGAGUAUUUCAACACCAACAAAUGCAGAAAAUGGGAACCCACAGCAUUCCUGCAACUUGUCAAGUACUUUCUCGGCAAUCCAAAACUCACUGUCCUCAACAUGGGUGCUUUUCCCGACCCUGCUGGUCCACACAAAGAAGAGUUGCCUUCCUUGAAUGAUCCAACCUACAAGGCAUUGUCCAAAAACUGUGCAAUUUCUACUGUUGUGUUGAAUUUUUCUCCCGAGACAAAUCCUCUGGCGGUGAGCUUUUUACAAGAUUCAGUGGCAUUGAUGCCUCAGCUGGUCAAUCUGCGGCUGUGCCUCUCGUCAGAUGGUUUACAAAUUGCAGCUCCAACCAUCUGUCACCUCUUGGCAAAGGAAGACACCACUCUGGUGGACCUGGUCAUUCUCAUCACCCAACACCACAAUAACAAUAAAAAGCUUAGUCUGCAGGUUGUUCUGGAAGUGUUGAAGACCAACAAGACCCUCCAAAACUUUGCCUAUCGCAAUGACCAGGAUCCAGCAUUGGUUCAAACCUACGAAGAUUGCCUUGUCGACAUUCUCAAGACUGCAAAUGCAACUCUAGAGACAGCCGAGUUUCGGAGCGUGCAGUACCGCAGCGAACAGCUGCCCAGCAAAGGUCAGCUGGGCUACUACACAACACUGAAUCGACAUGAAAGAGGAUUGCUACAGAAGAUCACAGACUGGGAUUGUUUUGUUGUAAUCUUAACGAGGGCUCAGCAGGAGCAGCCGAAUUACUCGGAUUUGGAUCGAGUCAACAUCACAUUUGGGCUACUCCUGGAGAAUCCGAUCAUGUGGCUCAAAUUCACUUCUUUACCGAAGGUUCAAGCUCCCACCAAAAUGAUCUCUUCCCACAAUGAUGACGAUGACACUGAGCCAGAGCCCAAGAAGCGCAAGUUGACCAAGAAUGAUGAUUCGGCAAAUGACUGGAUGAGGGCGGCCUCGGUACACUUUUUCGGAUAG